CCCCCUGCGGCCGGGCAGCGGGCGGCCGGGCGAGGAAGCAGCGCCCGCUGUGGCCCCAUGCUGCUGCCCCUGGCCUGUCUGCACGGUCGGGUGACGCAGUGUCUCACCGCGCUCUUGGUGCUCGCAGAGCCGUCCCCGAGGCCCGGGCGCGGCGGGAGGGCGCACGGCGCACCGCCCCCGCGUGCGGAGGCUACCCUGCCGGUGAAGAUGGCCGCGGAACUGUACGCGCCCACAGGCGCCACCGCCGCCACCGCCACGGACAUCGCCAACAGCAACGCCGCCACCGUGGGCAGGAAGGGCCUGCCCAGUGCUCCGCCGCCGGCCGCGCCCCCGCCUGCGCCCUCGCCUCCCGCGCCCGACAACAACAACUUGGAAAGCCCCAACUGGCAGUCCUUCCACCCGACCCUGCGCGAGAGGAACGCGCUGAUGUUCAACAACGAGCUCAUGGCCGACGUCCACUUCAUUGUGGGCCCCCCGGGCGGGGCCCGGAGAGUGCCUGCCCACAAGUACGUCCUGGCCGUGGGCAGCUCAGUCUUCUACGCCAUGUUCUACGGGGACCUGGCAGAAGUCAAGUCGGAAAUCCACAUUCCGGACGUGGAGCCCGCGGCCUUCCUGAUCAUGUUGAAGUACAUGUACAGUGAUGAGAUUGACCUGGAAGCAGACACGGUGCUGGCCACUCUUUACGCUGCCAAGAAGUACAUCGUCCCCGCGUUGGCGAAAGCCUGUGUCCACUUCCUGGAGACGAGCCUGGAGGCCAAAAACGCCUGUGUCCUGCUGUCCCAGAGCCGGCUGUUCGAGGAGCCCGAGCUGACCCAGCGCUGCUGGGAGGUCAUCGACGCGCAGGCGGAGAUGGCCCUGAGGUCCGAGGGCUUCUGCGAGAUCGACUGGCAGACCCUGGAGAUCGUCGUCGCCCGGGAGGCCCUCAACACCAAGGAGGCGGUGGUCUUCGAGGCCGUGCUGAGCUGGGCCGAGGCCGAGUGCAGGAGGCAGGGCCUGCCGGUCACCCCGCGCAACAAGAGGCACGUCCUGGGGCCGGUCCUGUACCUGGUCCGGAUCCCGACCAUGACCCUGGAGGAGUUUGCCAACGGCGCCGCCCAGUCGGACAUCCUGACCCUGGAGGAGACCCACAACAUCUUCCUGUGGUACACGGCGGCCAACAAGCCCCCGCUGGACUUCCCCCUGACCAAGAGGAAGGGCCUGGCCCCGCAGAGGUGCCACCGCUUCCAGUCCUCCGCCUACCGCAGCAACCAGUGGCGCUACCGCGGGCGCUGCGACAGCAUCCAGUUUGCCGCCGACAGGAGGGUGUUCGUCGCGGGGCUGGGCCUGUACGGGUCCAGCUCCGGGAAGGCCGAGUACAGCGUGAGGAUUGAGCUCAAGCGGCUCGGGGUGGUGCUCGCCCAGAACCUGACCAGGUUCGUCUCCGACGGCUCCAGCAGCACCUUCUCGGUCUGGUUCGAGCACCCGGUACAGGUGGAGCAGGACACCUUCUACACGGCCAGCGCCGUGCUGGACGGCAGCGAGCUCAGCUACUUCGGGCAGGAGGGCAUGACGGAGGUGCAGUGCGGGAAGGUGACCUUCCAGUUCCAGUGCUCCUCGGACAGCACCAACGGCACCGGCGUCCAGGGCGGGCAGAUCCCCGAGCUCAUCUUCUACGCCUGAGGCGCCGCAGGCUGGACGGGACGCGUUGUGGGGGACGCAGGGGAGGCGGCACUCGCCCCCCACAGCAGCUGCGGGCCCUGUGCACUUCG